AUGGCAUCAUCUGAUCCUCAAAAGAAUAUUUCUAAACCAGGGAAUGAUAGCGAGGAAGAGGAAGAGGACUAUGUACCAGCACCGCGACCUCAUCGAUACGUUUACAAAUAUCAUCGAGUUGGUUCGCGUAAGUUAAAUUCUCAAUUAAGAUCUUUUUGUUGGUAUCAGAGCCUGCUUCCAUUGCAAUCCGCACAAUACGAAGUGAGCGAUACGCUUACAGUCAGAAGUAUUUCUGCAUGA